CGAGUAAGAACGAGCAUCUUGCGCCGAGGUGUUCAGUCACCAUGCGUAUAAAGAGCUGAGAGAGAAGGGAAAAAAAGAAAGCAGACUCAGAAAGAGAACGAGAGAAACGGAAAGAGAGAGAGCCUCCGCCGGAGAAAGGAGAGAAGGGCGAAAAAACACCGAAGAUAAUCGCAUCUCCCAAUCGUAUGGUAAAAAUCGCCAGCCUUGAACCUGCCCUCGCCUUCGACCGGAGCCAAACGCCCUCGAUAAAAACCCGGGGAAGAAUUGUGGCACUGUGUCGUCUGUGACCUGGCGAGUUCGUGUGGGCAGAGCACCAGGUGGGUGUGAGGUCAGGUGGAAGGGACGUCCCGAAUGCGAGGGCGGCCUGUGAUUGGUCGAGGGGCGGGGCUUGGUGGCGCCGUCGACCAGUGGCUGCCGGCAGUGUCGCGAGAGGCUGGGAGUCGCUCGGCCGCCGUACCGCAGUGAGAUCAAUGGCAGUAGAACCGCACGCUAACUAGGCCCAUCGCGCCCGCACACCCCCACGCCCACCGGCCCGGACCACAACAUCAGUGGGCAUCGCGACGUCAAGGGUGCCAGGUUGUUCUCGCUCCUGCGGUUCAAUCCCCCCCUCUCUCUCCCCCCUCACGCUGCCCCCCAAAACUUGAGAGCGACUGGGACGAGGCGCACUCCGCCAGCCGCGACGCCGCCAAUUGUUCCAACGACCGCCGAGCCUUAUACCAACGGAAAUCUUUGGGCCUUAUUCGAUGUCUUGUGAGCCUGAGUGUUGUGAGACGAGCUCCCUCCACUGCCUCCCCCCUCUCUCAUCUCUCUCCUCCCCCAAGCUCCGCGCGGUGUGAAAAAAAAACUGGUGUUGUGUGGUGUUGCCUAGACAGUGUGUGAUGCUGUCCCCUCGAGUUGUUAUACCUGUGCUGUAGUGAGUCCUCACCUUAGAGAUUUCCCCUCACUGCUCGGCUCCCCUCUCGUCCCCGUGAAUGUAACCAAUCCCCUCAGUCGCCGAAAAGGAAUUAAUUACAAGAUUUACCACUCGAAAGGAAAUCAUAUAUAAUUAUAUAUAUAUAUUGUCUACUGUGCUUUCCAACGGGAAGAAGUGAUUAUCUGUAUCUGCUGAAAUGAUUAUGUUGAUUUGUUGAAUAAUCUUAUAAGGAAAUGUGUCUCAGAAAAAGUAGCUAGAAAUGUCGACCUGUUCGUAAAGAAAAGAGAAAAGGAAACUGUAAAAAGAGAAAGAAAAGAAAGAGUAUAUAUAUAUAUAAAACGCCAGUUUAGUAUCGAAGCCUUUGGUAUUUUGAGUGUGUUAGAAAUUGGAAUCUUUUUGGUCUUGUCCUCAUUUUUUCACGAUCUAAAUGGCUUCCUCUCGUCGACACAGUGAACGCCAGGUUAUACUUUGUCACAGAUGACGUGUUUUCUCUGGGACAAAAAGACUUUCUUCAGUUAAUGUGGAAGCCGAGACUGCGAGCUCCGUGCCAAGGAGAACCCCCAGGUGCCGGUGCUGGCCAGGUUAGGUCAGGUCGCCUCAGGAGUUGACCAGGUCGUCUGCUUCCCUCUCGGCGCCAGGUGCGGGCCAGGUCGUCACCUUCCGUGAUUCCCGGCUGCCUUUGCCCCCAAGGAAUAGGAAGAGAGAUUGAAAGAAAGAAAGAAAAAGAAUCUGGAAGAAGAGAAAAGAAAAAAACACGAGAGGAUUUGGAGAGAAGAAAAAAAAAAGGGCAAAGGAAUAGAAAUAAAUCAUAAUUAACCGUAUACCACAUCACAUUCUCACGCCCCGAUAAUAACAGAGAAGAAAAUCCACACACCGUAAGAAGGGAAUAAAUAAAAAAACAAAAAACAAAAAAACCCAAAACACGAAAACACAAAUCCAACGCAAGUGAAUGAAAAUUUGGUUCUUCGCGCGACUCCCGAAAAACCGCCAAGAUGUUGGAUAUCUUCCGAGGCCUAAAGAACUUCAUCAAAGUCUCCCACGUCCACAUCGACUCCUCAGUCUUUCGCCUCCACUACUCCAUCACGGUCAUGAUCCUCCUCGCCUUCAGUCUGAUCGUGACGACGCGCCAGUACGUCGGCAACCCGAUCGACUGUAUCCACGCCAAAGAGAUACCGGAGGAUGUCAUAAACACGUACUGCUGGAUCCACUCCACGUACACCAUCCCUUCUGCGUUUAACAAGAAGCUCGGCGUGGACGUCGCGCAUCCGGGCAUUGAAAAGUCCCACGCCGAAGAAGAGAAGAGAUAUGUCAAGUACUACCAGUGGGUGUGCUUCUGCCUCUUCUUCCAGGCAAUCUGCUUCUAUGCGCCGAGGUGGAUGUGGAAAAAUUGGGAAGGGGGCAAAAUCCAUGCCCUCAUGAUGGAUCUGGACGUGGGCAUCUGCUCAGAGGUCGAGAAGAAGCAGAAGAAGAAGCUGCUGCUGGACUACCUCGCCGACAAUCUCAAGCACCACAACUGGUGGGCGUACAGAUAUUUCUUCUGCGAGCUCCUGGCUUUCCUCAACGUCGUGGGUCAGAUGUUCCUGAUGGACCGGUUCCUGGGCGGGACGUUCCUGACCUUCGGGCUGGACGUCAUCAAGUUCAUGGAGGACGACCAGGAGGUGCGCGUGGACCCGAUGAUCUUCGUGUUCCCCCGCAUGACCAAGUGUUCCUUCAGCAAGUUCGGCACGUCGGGGGAGCUGGAGCGGUACGACUCCCUCUGCAUCUUGCCCAUCAACAUCGUCAACGAGAAGAUCUACAUCUUCCUGUGGUUCUGGUUCCUCCUGCUGGUGUUCCUGACCUUCUUCGUCCUCCUGUACCGCCUCAUGAUCAUCCUGAGUCCGAGGAUGAGGGCGUAUCUCCUCUGCCUCCGGUUUCGCCUCAUCAACAAGGAGGUGAUCAACACGAUAGUCAGGAAAAGCAAAAUGGGCGACUGGUUUCUCUUCUACAUGCUCGGCCAGAACGUGGACACGCUCAUAUUCAAAGAGGUCAUGCACGAGUUGGCGAAGAGGCUGGGUCAUGCAUCGAAAGACUUCGGCGAGCCCUGAGCACCGUGUAAAUAGCCACAGGGUGUUUACCACGACCGUCUGUGAUUCUAACGCACCUAGCUU